AUGCAGUAUCUUGUCAAGAAUCCCCGCCGCUCCCGGAAAGGCUUUUGCAUUGUCUACGACUAUGCCAAUGUUGACAUGGGAGAUGGGGAUGCUGGAACAGCCUUCAGUACUCAAGACAGAGCAAAGUUACGGUCGCGCGAGGAGGCCGGCCAGGAUAGGGAUACCGAGAGCAUGGAUUUGGCUGUGAUAACAGCAGUGAUGUGCGAAGACACCGAAACACAGAAGCAAAGGCAGAAGCGCAGUCGCAUCACUGCCAACCCUGUGAUCGCAAACACCACACUUCACUCACGGCUUUCUUCCGAAGAUGGUAAAGGCCGGUUCCAAGCUCUCCUCAUCAGUGCCUGCCUUGACGGCGACUACGAAAGAAUAAGAUACGGGAGAAUGUUCACUUCUCAUGUCUUUCGGACGCUCCUACUGAAUCCCACGCUUGCGAGUCUUGUCUUAGAAAAGCUUGUGGAUGCUCAUAUGUCUCGGCUCUUCAAGACUUCCCCAUUCCACAGCCUCGCCUUGAAGACCCACGUUCAUUUCACGUCGCGAUCUCGUUUACAACGUCCGUCCCGGGCAACCGGAAACCUGAUGAUCGCCUUUUUUUCGGCGCUUGCCGGCACUGCUCUUGUCAGUGGACAUCACCUGGGACUUGUCCAACAUGAUAUACGACAGUUGGCCCCGGAGCCUGCUUCUUAUUGCUUCACGUACUUCAGCUGUUACUUGGCCGCCGUAAACACCCCACAGCUCCCGUAUCCAUUGCCCGGGGGUGUUGUGACGACUAUCACAUCGAUCGUGUCGGUACCGACCUUGGUCCCAACUUUCAUAACGCCACUUCCGACGACAUCACUGUCGUCGAGCUUGACGUCAACUUCCAUUACAACUCCUGGACCGUCGCCGCUGCCCGGCCCUGCUGAUAUCAUACUCGCUAUCAUUCCUGGGAUCGUGGGUCGAGCGCUGGAGAAGCGGACGCCAGUGAAGAGAGAUGCCGGGGGGUUCAUCAGUGAUACUGGCGAUCCGAAUCCUCAGGAUUGCAAAGCUGCCACUGUAUACAGACUAGAUUCUGGAACACUGCGGGAGUCGGCCAGUCUCACCUUCUCAAUUUUUGCAGAUGUGGGCACGGGCUUCGCGGAGUUUCGCUCCCGCGAUUCGACUAAUGCUGGCGCCAACAUUAUAGCGACAACCUUCUCAAAUGACAACUCAAUUCUCCGUUGGUUGAACCCCGCCUUCUCCGGCGGCGAGGCUGGUUUCUGCCAGGUCGCUGCAACGGGCCAGGUGUACGCCACUUUCGUGGCGUCGCCAGUAGGGUUGCCAGCAGGAUGCUCGCCAAUCCGUAUUUCUGUUCUCGAUCGUAAGUUGAACUCUGUCAGGCUUGGAAUCAGCAGCUAA